AUGUUGAUGUACACUGUUGUGUUUGUUCUUCUCUUCAAUGGUUGCAUGGCUAACAAAGUGGCUGAUUCGCUGAUUCAAAAAUCUUGCAAAAACAUUUCAGUUUCUAUAAUAGUGGAAACCAUUCCACAUUUCGAAAAGGAUUGCAUUGCAUCUUUCAAAGAGAAUCCGGAGAGCCAAAAAGCAAGAAAUGUCGAUGAUUUGAUCAUGUUAGGAGCGAAUAACGCCUUAUCAUACUUGAUGAACGUGAAAGGAAUUGUAGAGAAGAUUAUAAAAGAGAAGAAAUAUAAGAGUAGCCUUAGUAAGAAGUCGUUGGAAGAUUGCCUUCAGCUUUAUUCCAAGAGCGCUCACAUGUUAACCUCAGGUUUGAAAUACCUCAAAAAGAGGAAUUUUGAGAAGGCUCAGUAUGAAAUUAUUGAUGCAGAUGAAGCACCAAUAUUUUGCGAGUUGAAAUUCAACGGCGACAAUAAACAAAUAUCUCCCGUGAAAAAGGAGAAUAAUCUUCUCUUAACAAUGAUCUAUGUUCCUUAUUGUUUACUUGAUUUAUAG